GUGGUGACGACAUUUUUAUCAGAUCCCUAUUCAUUAAAAAAGUCAAGUCUUUAGUCUCUCUCUAGCAGAUCCUUCUUUCACUCUCCCGGGAAUCAAACCUGCUCUUCUCAUCAUCACUUCUUCAUAGCAUAGAAAAAAAAAUAAUAAUAACAACAAAAAGAUUGAGAAAGUGAGCGAAGAACAUUAGGGCUUGAGACUGAUUAAAGACUCUAAAUAUGAGUCUGGCAUGUCUGGUGUGCCACAGCGUAGAAAGUCCUUCACACUCAUAUAGGAGUUACUCUGUUUCAAGUUCAGACAAUGAGGGAAGAUGUUCUGCAAUCACAAACUGCCUUACCAGGAAGGUCUCUCUUCCACACCUGACAGCAAACAACUCUUCUAUUGCAUCGGCUAAGGUGACCCCACAACCAGGUAUUCCUAGUAAUGGAGUUGCAGGGGCCCCACGGCUAGUCCGGAGCCGUGCUGUUAGAAGAGACAUUGUCAGAGACUGGAAUUUUGAUGAAGUUGAAAUGGGUCGGUAGUUUAUGAAUUCAGACUAGGAGGAGAAGGCUCUGCUCGUAGGGUAGCGUUGAGAGAGAGGGAGGGAGAGAAAUAGAGAGAGCUUAAAGCUUGCUUUCGCUUAUGUUUUUGGGUAAGGGAGGGAGAGAGAUAGAGAGCUUAAAACUUGCUUUCACUUGUGUUAUUGGAUGCAGUUGAACUCUUUCCUUUGAGCAUCUGUUAAAACUUGUGGAGAGUUAAAUUUGAAGUAUUUGUUUUUAUUUCUUUUGUUUGUGUACUUUUUGCAUUGUGGAUUCAUAUUCUUUUGGAAUUGUUUUUAGCCCAUAGAAUCCAAUUGAACUGCCCAGGCAAUCUUGAUCAGUA